AUGGCCCCCGGCACCCUCCCAACAUCGAAGGGUAUGCCGGUGCAAAGUGCGGCCGUCCUGGCACAUACCUACUCCCAGCAGAGUGAAGCGGAUGUGAUGCUCCCGACUCGACCGACGCCGGCUACAGGUAUGCUGUCCACAAGGCGAGGCCAGAAUGGCCAGCAGUACGUUAGAGGACAGCCUCUAGCUCCUCGAUAUCGCGCGGGUACUCCCACUGGAUACCGCGACGACUUGGCCCCCGUCCAGCUAUCCGCUUCCGCAGGCACCCUGACAUUGAAACAUAGAAAGUCCUGGCAGUCGGAGAGCCUUGUCCGAGUGCAUGAUCCCGACGCAAACUAUGAUGGCCGUCGACCCGGCUCCUUUGUGGGGGGUUUGGCAUACAACAAUGACAUGGGAACCGUCCAGAAGGAUCCGCGCCAUGUUACCUCCCCCCGAACUGAGCCCGCUUUUCUCGCUGUCCCUGCCCGGCAGUCCUUCUCUCCAACUUCUCAGAGCGAGGCUACCCAUGACAGGUAUAGGCGGGCUGCCAGCCCCCAGCCGAGCCAGCAUAGCCACUUUCGGGAUACCGUUCUUCCCAACAAAAGAAUGCCAACGGCGAGGCAGGGCUAUUACACGGCACUAUCUCAGCAUUCUGCAGCUCCAACGCGAUCCAACAACCCCUACAAUACCGUGGGGCCCAUGACGAACAGAAAGCUGCCCCCUCAGCCGCCUGUAAACGACCGCAGCCCGCCAGAGCGGCAAAGCACGUACGGUGCCGACUCCCCCAAAUCGCCUCAUGACAAGGCUGGGAGCUCACAAACUCUCACCGUCAUUAGCAACCCCGCUGCGCACUCACACCUAAACACCUCCCAGGGCAAUACACCGAGCCGCAGCGGCCUCUCCUACCCAUCCCAGGUGACUUAUAACCCUGUUGCAUCGCCCAAUGGCGCCGAGUUUGCGAAUACUACACCCGAGGCAGUAGGUGCUGGACGCAGUACACAUGACGGUGGAUAUUUCGGCGAUUCAGCUGAUGCUUGUUCCAUCUCGUCUACAGCAUCUUCGGCUUCUAUCAUGCUCCGCAAAAUGAGCCAUGGCAUGAAGAAGAGCAGUCGCUCAUUGGCCAGGAUUUUCCAGCCCAAAUCGGUUGUUGGUGUUGCUUUUGCUGAUUGGCCUGCCCCUAAAGCCGACCAGGCUGCCACACCGAUGAUCACUGUUGAGGAAGAAACCCAGCGAGUUAAUAUCACAGUAAGACUCAAGGCGACGGACGACUUCCCCUACCCUGAGAGUAGCCCGAUCGACAUGAAUCUGGGUGAUAAGGUUUCUCGACGUCUGGGCAGCUCCGGCAUUGGCUCCAAGCCCCAUAGGGGUAUUGUUGGCGGCGGCAGGGAACGAACGAAAUUCUUGGUUGCAGUCUGCGAAAGAAUGUUGAAACGUUCCCCACGCCCUUCUACUUGUCCAGUAGAUGCUUCACUUGAACUUGAUCACACCAGUGUCCCCGCCAUCCUGAUCAACCCAAGCCCUCCAAGCCCCCCGAACGAUGAGUCUCAGGGGCACCGAACAAUAGUCUCAGCUGUGAUUAGCAGCAAGAACUACUCUAUGGCUGCUCUCAAGCUGCACCAGAACACGCCUCAUAAAUCGGUUAAGCGCAACGCAACCUUCUUACCACGCAUCGUGUUCUACGAUACUUGGCCUAGCGAAGAGUACGACCGCCGCAGUGAGGUAGUGACAUGGAACCUGAUGACUCCCAUGUUGGCCAAGCAAAUCAAGGAGGAGAUGAACGCUUUCAAGAUGGAGAUGGAAGUUCAUGAAAACUCGAGGAUCUACACGCACUUUUUCCGAGAAUAG